AUGGAUUAUAAACAAAGAAAUUCAACAUUAUUCCCAUGGGAUAUUACAAUUCAAGAUUGCAGAGAAGCAACUGCCAAUGUACCAGGGUUCAGAGAAACAAAUAAACAAGGUAUCAUUUGUUUCAAUUAUGAUUAUGCUACUAGAAAUUCGUUUCCAUCAUAUUCAACAGAUGAAAAGACAAAAUUCCUUUUAAAGGUUAGAAGAGAAUGUAGAGGUAUAUUGUUUGAAGAGACAACUGGAAGACUGUUGUGUAGAAAGUUUCACAAGUUUUUUAAUAUCAAUGAGAUGGAAGAGACACAUCAAGAUAAGAUUGAUAUAACACAGCCACACGUGAUUAUGGAAAAGUUGGACGGUAGUUUGAUCGCACCUAUCUACUUGAAGGAUACAGUGUCGUGGGGAUCAAAGGCUGGUGCCACAGAGUUGUCGGUCAAGGUUGAAAAAUAUAUUGCUACCAAGACUGGGAGCAUCAGGUACGACGAGUUUGCCGCACAUUGGUUGAAGCAGGGAUACACACCAAUGUUUGAGUGGUGCUCAGAGUCGCAGAGAAUCGUGUUGUACUAUGCCGCCGACUUGUUGGCUUUGACCGCCAUUAGAAACAUCAAGACAGGUGAAUACAUUCCAUACGAUGAUAUGGUGAAAUCGGCCGCUGAAUUCUCUGUGCCAUACACUGGAAAACUCGAACAAAGCGCUCACCCCUCUUUAAAAAACUGCAAGAAUACGGCAGAGUUGUUGGCAGCCGUGCAAGCAAUGAAAGAUAUCGAAGGAUACAUUUUACGUUUUGAUAGCGGUCACGUGUACAAGAUGAAGUGCGAGUGGUACUUUGACCUGUCAAAAUCAUCGUCGAUCAAUCUCAACCAGGAAAAGGAUAUUUGGAUGUUGAUCUUGGACAAGAAGCUCGAUGAUACCGUCGCUCAGUUGUCUGCCAUGGGACCCUUGCCAAUCCGUUACCAGAGAAUCCAACAGUUUGCCAUCGACUUGUUUGCCGCCAUCGAACAGACAUCGUCUCGCAUCAUUGAAAAUUUGGCACAGUAUCGCAAGGAAGGUAAGCUCCGCAAGCAUAUCCAAGGUCUCAGAGAUAUCCCAUCGUUUGAAAAGAAAAUGAUUUUCCAUCUCUGGGAUGACGAGGAAGAUGAACCAGUCGCCGUCCAAAAGAACAAGGUCACAAGAAAUAUCAUCUCGCUCAUCAAAACGAAUUGUUCAAGCUCUAGUAAAUUGGAUGAGGCAAGAAAUUGGAUUGGUGAUCAACGGCAAGUGGUUCAAGUAACAGCGGCUGCCGUGAGUUGUCAUGGUGCUGUUGGAGUCUUACCAUCAUCAUUACAAUCAUUGAUGUUUGGUGAUGACUAUGAUCAACCUCUAUCAGUUGGAGUAUUACCAUCAUCAUUACAAUCAUUGAUGUUUGGUUAUUACUAUAACCAAGCACUAUCAGUUGGAGUAUUACCAUCAUCGUUACAAUCAUUGGUGUUUGGUGAUGAAUAUAAUCAACUGCUAUCAGUUGGAGUAUUACCAUCGUCAUUACAAUCAUUGGAGUUUGGUGAUGAAUAUAAUCAACCUCUAUCAGUUGGAGUAUUACCAUCAACAUUACAAUCAUUGAAGUUUGGUGGAGGUUAUAACCAACCACUAUCAGUUGGAGUAUUACCAACAUCAUUACAAUCAUUGGAGUUUGGUUAUUACUAUAACCAACCGCUAUCAGUUGGAGUACUACCAUCAUCAUUACAAUCAUUGGAGUUUGGUGAUAGAUAUAAUCAAGCACUAUCAGUUGGAGUAUUACCAUCAUCAUUACAAUCAUUGGUGUUUGGUAGAUUCUAUAACCAACCACUAUCAGUUGGAGUAUUACCAACAUCAUUACAAUCAUUGGAGUUUGGAGACACCUAUAAUCAAUCCAGAGAUUCAAUACCGUCUUUAAGACUUUUAGUUGAUUUCAACCAAUCAAUUAGUUUAAGCAGAAAUUUCCUUAUAGUAGGAUCGUAUGAAGUCAUAAAACUUCCAAAAACUACAUAUCCUCUGAUUCUUUCAACAACUUUUCCACCAGAUUCUGAUUAUCAUGUCGAUGAAUUUGAUAUUUUGACCAAUAACAUUCAAUCGGAACAGCUAAUUACAACUUUAAAUCCCAACUCAAUCAAUUAUGACCCCAAACAUUUAAUGUCAUAUCCUAUCAGUCACAGAGAUUAUAUUUCAAUCAACAACAACAAAUAUUUCAAAUUGCACUCUUUUCCAUACUCUACCAACAAAGUAAUUUUAGUAAUGUGCGAAUCUUCAAACGAAUUGUAUGUUUACAAGGAAAUAGAUUACUCAAAGAAAAAUCAGAAUGAAAUUGAAAACAAUAGGAAAGAAAUAGAUCAAUCAAUCUACGACAAAAUACAAUUUGAAAUAUCAACAAUGAAACUAUUCACCAACGACGAUAUGUUUAUUCAAUACAAAGAUCACCAAGAUGACAUAGAUUCAAAAAAGAUAAAUAUUUUGACACAUUUCUGUGAAGGUGGUGAUUUAGAACAAUUAUUUCAAUCAAUCUAUAAAUGGAAUGGAUCCCAACAAGGAAAACAAAAUCCAGAGUAUAAAUAUAUACUUGAGUCCGAAAUAUGGGUCUAUAUUAAUAGAUUAUUCCAAAUACUUGAAAAACUAUCUCAACACAAUCUUGCACAUCUCGAUAUCAAACCACUCAAUCUAUUUAUUGGACAUGACGGUCAAAUAGUUCUUGGUGAUUUUGGUUGUUGCCACUAUUUCGUUGAUCAAAAUCAUUCAGUGGAUCAUGCAAUCAAUGACACUGCCGAACAAACAACACGAUAUGCGAAUAUAGUGGCAACUUGCAUCCCGUGGAACAAGCGGGUAUUACUCUCCUAUCAUAUUAAAAUAUCAACUGAUAGAUACUCUGACGAUUUAAUUAAUUUUGUCAAGAAACUAUUAAUCGCAACACCUCAUGAUCGUCUUUCAUUGGAUGAUUUGAAUGGAGAAAUAGUCAACCAACACACACAGAGAAUUUCAUCAUUUUUAAUCAAUCGAAGACAAAUUCUAUCAAGCACAACAACAUUAAUAUUGGAUGGUGAAUUUAACAGUCCUCUCAAAGGAUUACUUCCACCAACACUUUUAAAAUUAAAGUUAUUGGGAAAGUUUAAUCAACCAAUUGGAUGGAGAGACAUUCCCGAUAGUGUUGAAACAUUAAUAUUUGGACCAUCAUUUAAUAGUGAAAUCAAAUUAUCUCCAUUGUCAUUAAAGAUUUUAAUUUUAGGUAAAUCAUUUAACAAACCAUUAGUAGAAGAAAUGCCUAGUUUCUCAUUGUUCCUUAAAUAUAGGAAUUCCAAUCGAUAUAAUAUCUACCGCCACAAUGAUCCUGACCAAACGAUCGUCAAUUCAUAUAUAAAAAACAAUGUUAGGGAACCAAAAGCAAUCUUAUCAAUCAAUGAACAAUGUUACGGUAUUGGUUCAAUCGAGAGGAAUGAUAAAUUGUUAGAUUGGAUGAAUAAUCACACCAAAUUCUCUAUCAAUUUAGGCCAUGUCAAAGUAAUAUCACAUGUUAAGGUAUCAACACACCCACAUUUAUAUUGCCAAAUCAAUAGAUCAAAAUUUGAACAAACCAACAGGCACUUUAGAAAUUUUAAUAUGGAUUCCCAAAAAUACAAUAAGGAAAUUAAGAAAUUAUUUGAAUUGGAUCAAGACAAUAUUCAUCAAGAGUUUGAACAUAAUAAUAAUAAUCAAUAUCUAAAUAUUAGAUUAUUGAUUUUAAAGCCAUCUCAAUUGGAUGAUACAGUGAAUCUUCUAGAUGUUCUAUCAAAUCAAGUCUUCAAUGCGACUCCAUCUCCUGAUAAAACGAAUCAGAAUUUUACAAAAAAGUUUUAG